CUGGGUUCCAGCCUUCCGUAGCUGCUAACGUUGGUGGCCACGCCACCUCCUUACAAAGCAACUAGAACCCAGGGCUGGAGAGGUUGGUUGGCUGGUUUGUUUAAUUUGCUGGAUGUGACAUGAAGUUGGAGUGCUUUUUCACGUCCAGUGGAAGUCAUAUGUCCACCUUCUGAUUAUUUUUGGAGCAUGAGAGCAUUUAAACAUUUUUUCAUCUCUCUCCCCCCUCCCGCAUAAGAUUGUGCAGAAGCGUGCCUUGACUAAUUGAAGUCAUUUCAUUGGAUUCUGAUCACAACUGAUGAUUUGUUUUUCCAUGUGAAGUCUUACGGUUUUGAACUUUCCUUCUGGAGAAUGCCUCUUGAAACAGUUUUCUCUAGCUGCCUGAAGUCAGCUGCCUGGUAAUCAGCGGAUAUUCAAAUCUUCAAAAUGUACAGACAGUGGGCCGUGGUGAAUAUUUUCGUGACAUCUUACCUGCAGCUGGUGCUGGGCUCUGGUGACGAACAUGGACCGGUGAAGCGGGCGUCUCAGUCAACGUUAGAAGGGUCUGAACAGCAGAUCAGGGCGGCCUCCGGUUUGGAGGAGCUGCUGCGAAUCACACACUUCGAGGACUGGAAGCUGUGGAGAUGCCGACUGAAGCUCAAAAGCAGCCCCGAGCCCCGCUCAGCUUCCCAUCGAGCCACCAGGUUUGCGGCAACUUUCUAUGACCUUGAAACCCUCAAAGUUAUCGACGAGGAAUGGCAGAGAACCCAGUGCAGCCCCAGAGAGACGUGCGUGGAGGUGGCCAGCGAGCUGGGGAGGAGCACCGACACGUUCUUCAAGCCCCCCUGUGUGAACGUGUUCCGGUGUGGCGGCUGCUGCAAUGAGGAGAGUCACGUGUGCAUGAACACGAGCACGUCCUACGUUUCCAAACAGCUCUUUCAGAUAUCAGUGCCUUUGACUUCAGCACCUGAAUUAGUGCCUGUUAAAGUUGCCAACCAUACAGGUUGUAAGUGCCUGUCCACAGCCCCCCACCCUCCGUACUCCAUUAUCAGAAGGUCCAUCCAGGUCGCAGAAGAAGAUCACUGUUCCCAUUCUAAGAAACUCUGUCCUAUUGACAUGCUGUGGGAUAGCAACAAAUGUAAAUGUGUUUUCCGGGAGGAGAAUCCACUCGUCGGAAUGGAAGACGCUCAUUCCCAGGAAAUGGCUCUCUGCGGGCCACACAUGAAGUUUGAUGAAGAUCGUUGUGAGUGUGUGUGUAAAACCCCGUGUCCCAGACAGCUCAUCCAGCACCCAGAAAACUGCAGUUGCAUUGAGUGCAGAGAAAGCCUGGAGAGCUGCUGCAAGAAGCACAAGAUAUUUCACCCAGACACCUGCAGCUGUGAGGACAGAUGCCCCUUUCACACCAGAACAUGUGCAAAUGGAAAACCAGCAUGUGCAAAGCACUGCUGCUUUCCAAAGGAGAAGAGGGCUGCCCAUGGGCUCCGCAGUCAAGAAAUCCCUUGACUCUGCUUUUUCCCAAGUUCCCCAUCCUUGACAUUUUAAACGGCAUGCUGCUUUGCCAAGUUGCUGUCACUGUUUUUUUUUUUUUCCCCCAGGUACUAGGAAAAAACACUCUGUUUUAUCUGGUACCGCAGUGAAUCCAGACGACCCUUCCAUUACAUGCCAGCUGGGUAUCUCCUGGCCCACUUACAGAUGGCUUCCCCCGAAGAUACCCAUGUGCGGCAAGGAAUGGAAAGGACGGAACCUGUGUGACUUUUUUUUUUUUUGGUGAAUGAGAAAGUUUUGAUCUUCAUAGAAUCACAGGUGCCGAAUGGUUGAUUACUGAAAGCUGAUGAGGCAAUUUUUUUAGUCUCCAAGUCCUCCACUAAUGCAAAGUCUCUUGUGAAUUAUUCUGCCUCUUUACUAUGCAGAUUUUGAUUUGUCUGAUCAGCACUGAUUCUCUGAUUACUGUCCAGCUUGUAGUUUCGAGGUUACUGAACUACUGUCUGUUGUUUCGUAUUUAAGUGUGUUUAAAGAAAAUAAAUAAAAAAAUUUAAAAAAUAUAGAAAAUAAAUAACCAUUAU